UCAUACCAGUUUCCCAUCUCUUUCUCUGUUCUCUGGUUUUAUUCCUUUUUUUCUCUCUCUCUCUACUGUACUCCUAAUCACUAAACCGCCAUAACAAAACACAACUGGACCCUAUCGGAACCCGUCCAACUAAAAACCACCGGAUCUCCGGCCACAUUUUGCCUCCGGAAUGACAGAUUCCGGCAACAAUUCAAGCUCAUUAGCCUUUGAUCUCACUCUCUCUCCACUUUCUCUCUCUAAACCUCCCUUUUAAUAUUACUUAUUGUGCCUUUUUACCACCUGAUUUGAUCUCGCUUUUUCAGAUUUGCAGUAGCAGGUGUUGUUGAAAUGAGUAGGAAUCAGAAUGAGAGAAUUAGGAAUUUGGAGAGACCUGUUUCAGGAUGCUUGGGAAGAAUGGUGAAUGUUUUUGAUUUGAAUACGAGCGUAGGCGGAAACAGAUUGCUCACUGAAAAGCCACAUUAUGAAGGUAAUUCGGUGUCUAGGAGCGAAUCAGAUGUGUCAAGAUCUUGUUUAGCUGAUAAAGUGAUGGUGUCUGAGUUUGGAAAACCUCCGUCAAAUAGGAAGCCAAAGGGGACGCCUAUAAAGAUGCUUAUGGCGCAAGAAAUGUCUAAAGAAGAGGUCCCCAAGAAAGGUCCACCUAGUUUGGUUGCUAAGUUAAUGGGGCUUGAUGAUCUUCCACAGCGCGAUCAACUUAGUUCAGCUUCGUGCAGAAGCAAUGUAAGAGGAUCAAGAUCAAGAACCCAUUCUGGAUCAUUAGACGGUGAUGUUCAUCAGUGCAAAGAUGUUCCUGAAAUAUGCAAGCAAUCAUGCAAAACAUAUGGUGGUUCGCCACAAAAGGGUAGUAAAUAUAAAGAAAGCAAAAAUGAGAAAGAUAUGGCUCUCAUUCGUGAAAAGUUCAUGGAAGCGAAACGUUUAUCUAUGGAUGAGAAACUCCGACAAUCUAAACAGUUUCAAGAUGCGUUAGAGGUUUUAAGUUCCAAUAAAGAUUUAUUCCUUGAGUUUCUUCAAGAACCUGAUUCUUUAUUCUCUCAACAUCACAAUUUACAGUCGUUACCCCCACGUCCGGACUCGAAACGCAUCACGAUUCUUAAACCUUCUAAGUUGGUAGACGGUCAUACGUUACCUUGUUCAGGAACGGAAUACAGAAAACAAACGAAUGAAACGGUUUGGGAUAGAUUUAGUGGGCCCCCUAAUCAGCCAACUCGUAUCGUGGUGCUGAAACCCGACUUUGGAAGGCCACUUGAGACGAGAACCGUUUCUUCGUCUCCAUCGUUAAAAACAUCGAAUGAUGAUGGAUUUUACGGAGAUUUAGAAGACAGUGAACCAAAAGAGCGGACACCUAGCAUACCCGAAAGUUCAACUGGUCAUAGAAGAGACGAAACCCUUCUUUCUUCUGUUUUUUCCAACGGUUAUAUCGGUGAUGAGAGUUCGUUCAGUAAAUCUGAAGUUUAUUACGCAGCAGGGAAUCUGAGUGAUUCAGAGGUGAUGUCACCAACUUCACGACACUCGUGGGAGUAUAUCAACCGUUUCGGCAGCCCGUAUUCUUCUUCCUCGUUCAGUCGUGCGUCUUGUUCUCCAGAAUCGUCUGUUUGCAGGGAGGCAAAAAAACGUCUUUCCGAAAGAUGGGCGAUGAUGUCAUUAAACGGGGGCGUUCAAGAACAACGACAUGUAAGAAGAAACUCCAGUACAUUAGGAGAAAUGCUCGCCCUUUCUGACUUGAAAAAAUCGGUAGAAUCAGAGGAAAAACGUAAAAACAGUAUUGAUUUAAAUAAAAAUAAAGGUAAUGAUGCUGAUAGUAGUCCCAAAAAUUUUGUGAGGUCAAAAUCUGUUCCGGUAUCUUCUACCGAGUUCUUGAAAGGGAAAAUUGAUGAUACUAAAGAUUUGACCUCGGAAAAAAGUCAAAAAUCAUCGUUGUUUAAAGGUAACGUUUCAAGAUUAUUUUUUUCCGGGAGUAGAAAAUCCGGCAAGCAAAAAUCCCAAAAGUCUGAUGAUGACUUUCAUCAAUCUUCAAGAAACAUUGGUGAUGAUGGAUCUCAGUGCGUUAGUGGCAUAGUGAUUAAAGAUCUACCUGAGGGUUCCGGAAAUGCAAAUGAGAACCCGGACCAGCCAAGCCCUGUUUCGGUUUUGGAAUCACAGUUUGUAGAUGAUGAUCAUAAAUCAGGCUAUUCUUCCACCGCUAAACUGAAUAAAAUCGGGAUAGAUCCUAAUAAAUACAAUCUGAUCGAUAAAUCACCGCCAAUUGGAUCCAUUUCCCGAACGCUAUCAUGUGACUGCUCUGCCGUGGGGGCCGUCACUCCCGUUCCAGGUAAAACCUCGACAAAACAACCCCUGAGCCCAGAGGAAGAAGAACAAGAGUGUUUCAUGUAUGUUCAAACACUACUAUCAGCAGCCGGAAUCAGUGGUGGGGUCCAGUCAGAUUCAGUUAUCGCCAGGUGGCAUUCACCCGAAAGUCCUCUGGACCCAUCUUUGAGAGACAAGUACAUGAACCUAUCCGAUAAGGAACCACACUCCAAACAAAGACACCGAAGAUCAUUCCAAAAGCUUGUUUUCGACUGUGUGAAUGAGGCGUUGACCUUAUCAAGUGGGACCUGUAAACACGUGGGAAAGGUGCCGAUGGAGCGUGUGUGGGGCCAGAUGAAGGAAUGGAUAUCUGGGGAUGGAAGGUGUGUUUGGGAUGAAGAUGGCGGUGGUGAUGAAGACGAAGAUGGAAGCCUGGCGGUGGAGAUGGUGGCGAGAAAAGAAGUUACAGGUGAGGUUUGGAUGGAGCAUUUGAAAUUGUCAAUUGAAGAUAUAAAAAAGGAAAUAGAAGUGAAGCUGGUUGAACAACUUGUGGAUGAAUUUGUGGUAGAGUUGAUGACAGGUAGAGUGAUUUUGGCUUACACUCCAUAAUUUAUCACACUAUUAUUUGUGUAUUAUUAUUAUUAGUUUAGUAUUAUGAUGUCUUCUUGUGAGUUUCCAACAAUCAUGGUCUUUCUUGGUGUCUUAUCUGUUUAGUAAUACAAAAUAAAUAUAUUUUCAGGGUCCUUUGUGUGA